AUGGUUGCAGUUCUACAUCGUGAUUACCAGAUUAAGGCAUUAAGAGCAUUUAUUCAAAAGGAUGCAGCUCUUGUCCCGCCAAAUAUGAUCAUAGAAGGUCAUACUUGCACUGGUAAAACACAUGUUUUAACUCAAUUUUUUCAAAUACACCCGGAUAUUAUAACUUCCUGGGUGAGGCCUAUAGAAUUAGUUUCUUGGAAGCCCGUAUUACAAGCGGUUGCUAGAUCAGUGCAAAAUAGCUUAAGAGCAACCUAUCCUGGUGUUCAAAGUGAAGAAUUUGAUCCUCUUGAUGUAGAGGAAGCAUACUUGCUCGUCAAAUUUCUAACUAAUCUUUUCGAGGAGUAUAGUUCCUUGUCAGAAGAUCGGACUUUAUUUGUGAUAUUUGAUGGGCUUGAUAGUUUGGAAGAUUUAGACGCCAUGUUACUUUUAAAAUUUUUAAAGUUAUAUGAGCUUUUACCGGAAACUUCCAGAAUUAAACUAAAGUUUAUUUAUGUAGUACAAAAUAGUGCUUUUGUGAGUAGAUAUGCGUCAUAUGGCAUACCGUCCAUUGUAUUUCCUAUAUAUAACAUUGAUGAAGUAACUGAUAUUAUCAUUGCUAAUAGAGCUCCGGAACUAUGGGAAUCAAGUUGUUUACAUGAUCAAUUACAAUCUCAAAAUAUCGUUAACUGUACUACAGAACAAUUAUAUUCAUUAGUGGUGAAUUUCCUGCAAUUAAUCAUACAGUCAUUUGGUUCUUAUACAGGUAAUAACAUUUCUUCUUUGAAUGAUUUCAUUGAUUUCAAAUGGGAAGAUUAUGUGAAAGCUAUAACUCCUCAAAACGUAUUUGAACCAGUGCAAUUAUAUAGAUGUACCUCAAAAUUGUUUACUAAUACAGAUGAUACAUUAAGUACAGAAGAUGAAAAUAUCCAUAAUAAUACUAAUGAUGCUGGUCAACAAGAUUCGAAUUCAGCCACACAAACAUACGAACUUUCUAAUAUUGCUAAAUAUCUUUUAAUCUCAGCAUACAUUUGCUCUUAUAUGGAACCAAAAUAUGAUCCAAGUGUCUUCUCAAAGAAAACACAUUUAAGGUCAGGUAGAUCUGCAUAUGGUCGUAGAAAAAAGAAAGAAACUAACCCAAGAUAUAUUCAGCCAUCCUUAUUUGUUAUCGAAAGAUUAUUAGCUAUUUUCCAGUCAAUUUAUCCAGUAGAGACAAAUUCAGAAAGUGGUUCGUUAGCUUCCUUAAAAGAAGAUCAUUUAAUGAGAUCAAAUGUUGAAGUAUUUCAAAAUAUAUCUGAACUUUAUGAUUUAAAACUGCUGGGUACAACUAUGACUAAGAACAUCGAUUAUCUAAGUUUUAAAUUAAAAUGGAAGGUUAACGUUCCAUGGGAAACUAUUAAUGAAAUUGCAAGUUCAGUAAAUUUCGAAUUAGGUCAGUACUUUAGUUCUAUUCAUGAGUAG